CCACUGUGGCCAGUGAGGCAAGAAGUUUGUCCAUCCCCGAUGUAUCAUGUAAGAUAUUAUGAACCUUUUCACAUUCCAUACUCACAGACAUUACAGGAAGCAGCAGAAGAGUCCAGAUUUCAGAGCUGAGAGAACAUCAAGAAUCCAAAUCAACAAAAAUCUGCAUUCAGAGUAUCUAGAGACAGACGGUGUAACAGCAUGGCCACUGCAACUGAAGUGAAAAAGAGUUAUCCUGGAUCCAUGGGCACUGGGUCUGGAGUGGACACGGUGUGGAUCGGGUUCAUGGACAUCGUUCCAGUGAUCGGGACGGUGAAGGAGGCGGUGGAGUUGGUGUUGGCUCUGUAUGGAGGGAAUAAAGAGAUGGUAAAGGAGAGAGAAAAAGCCAUUAAAAACAUUUUGAAAAUCCAGUUGGGUCUAACAGACAAAAAGGAAAAUGAUGAGCCGAAGUCGACUAAACCAGCAGCAGGUGCAGCAGCAACAUCUAAGAUUCCUGGCCUCAGUGAUGUGUCAGAGGUCAGAAUGGAAAAGAUUAUUGAAUGUGUGAAUAAAGGAUCCAAAAGGACCCAAGAAAAAUCUCAAGCUGAACAGAUAAAGAGAGAGAAAAGGGUGGAGGAAAUUAAGGAAGACAUGUUAAAAAAGGUCCGUGACAUCAAACCAGACUUCUAUGAAGAGCUGACGGAGGAAUUCAAAAGGUCAAGAAGAGGCGAGCAUGUCUUCAACAACGACAUCCUUAAAUUUCAUUACAAAUCUCUGGUUAAUUUUAUAAAUAGAUUAGGUUUUUCUAAUCUACCACAAUUUAAUGAGGAAACAAUGAAGAGAUUAGCUCGUCACACACUUUCCCAAAACACCGCAAAACAAAUUGAGACAGAAAUGGUGGUUCACUUUGAGGAUGAUGAAUUCUAUGUGAAUGCAAAUGCAGUAAUGUACAGUGUGUAUUGCCGAGAGCUGCGUGAAGCCUUCUUUGAAAUUCUGAGCCACUUAAACCCACUGGAUGUGACAGAGGAGGAGAAGAGGAGAGUGGAUUUUGUCAUAGAUAAUAUGAAUAACUUUGAAAUCUAUGUGGAUCAUCUAGCAAAACAGAAGUGGAUUGGCAAUAACGGGGAUAAGUUGAAUCGGUUUAUGGGGGUGAAGCAGAAAGUAGUGACAAUGUAUAAAACUGAACGUGGUGUGGAAUGGAGCAUUGACACUCUGAGAGAAAUUGAACGUUUGUUGGGACAAAGACAGUGAGUUUAUUUGUCCUGUUCAGGGCUCUCAGGUCUUCCUUAUUUUAUCCCAACAACAUCUUAAAAUCUUCAGACCUGAAACAAGAUCUUAACUUGUGAAUGCUGGUGCAAACAGACACCUUUUAUUUUUCUUUCCAAACAAGCGUUCACUGUAGUGCACACACACACACACACACACACACACACACACAUAUAAAAAAAAAAAGAAAUCUCAAUGCAAGGGUUUUAAGGGUUUUAACUUCCUGCUACGAUCAGUGUGCUCUUUAUAAUCCGCUUUUGCUUCUGCUCCAAAUCAGUGUAGAAAUGCUUUAAUAUAUACAGUAUAUUCCUGUAUGCUACAUGCUCCAGGUUUCAUGGAAAUGUGUUCACUUUUAUUCCUACAGUUUCAUCAUCAGGACUUUAUAUACAGCAGCUUCUCUCACAGGCAUUAAAACAUGUUCGACUUUAUUUUAAAACACACCACAUUUGGGUAAUUGGUGUAUAUACAUUUAAUUACAGAUGUGAACAUUAUUAUUGAACCUUAUAGUGUAUCACACACACACACACACACACACACACACACACAUCACUGCUGUUAUUGUAAUCUUUCUUCACUUUUCACGUGAUUCAUGUUGUGUUGCUAAAAUGUUCAUUUUAUUCUGGUAAUCUGAUUAAUGUUAUUAACGUGUUUGCUUUAGUAAAUUGUGAAUCAUUGCGAUUAAUUAUAUAGAUUUUAUUCUAAAGCAGUUUUCCUGGGCAGAGCGCUGAGCUGAUUAUUAAUGUGUGUAAAAGUUUAAUGGAAAUAAAUUACAAAUAAAAGUGAUUACUAACA